AUGUCUCAGCAGCUCAUUCGUGACGUUGGGAUCACCUACGGAGAUGAAGCGCUCGUUUCGUUCUAUGUUGAGCUGUUGCGUUAUGGUCUAGCACUCGCUGUUCUUUGCAACCGAAGCGCUCAUCAUCUUCCGCUCGGAGUCGGACUCUCUCUCUAUGUUCUGCUUCGGUUUGUCCAAGAUAUUCUGGAGCUUGGUGAUAAGUCGUUGUCUGAAUGGCGCACAUUGGGCAGCAUCGGCGUUAUGAAAAGCAUGACUGCUGAAAUGCCAGAUUCGACUAAUAUGGCCCGCGCAUGGGCAUCUGUCCCUCUUGCCUGGUCCAGCGGUACCACACUUGGGUCGCUCAUAGGCGGAGAACUUGCACGACCUGCGGAUAGGUUCCCUAGUAUCUUUGGGGGUUCUGAAAUAACCUUCUAUCUUGCCGUGCGCGGUCCCUGCUACUGUCUCAGCGUUGGCAUGGUUUGUCGUUGUUCUUUACUUGAAGAGCCGUUGGCCUUUGCCAAGCUUCAUGACGUCAUGGGUCCGAAACAACUUUGGCUGUUCUCUGUGGCUUGCGGCACCAUUGCUGCGAGGUCCUCCACUGUGCGACAAAGUAGCGAUGCCAUUGGAGAGGAGCUCACCCGCCCCGUCGAGCUCAAGGAUACGAGUUGGGUUUCGCGACGGAGCAUGCGUCGAUGA